AUGACAAUGAAGCACAGGAGCUUGCAGAAGUCCCUAGCCUGCUACUGGGGAAGCUUUUCUAGAUUAUGUUUUCUCUUAGGACUCCUCAUUGUAUUGUCUGCCAUUAUUUGGAAACAAAACAAAGAGAAAUGCAAAUAUCAAAAAUGGGAAGAAUCUGGAUUAAAGGGUCCAAAUAGAAAGAAGACAAUUGACCUGAAGAACAUUACAUCAAAGAAGCUACAGUACCAAAAUUUAACUGUAAUGGAAAGUGCUACAGGUCCCUUAGCUAUUCCAUACAAAUAUCUCUUGGGAUCACAUCCUCCCAAAAAGAGAUUCUUGACCAUUGGAAUCUCCUCUGUCCACAACGAAAAGGAACAGCAUUUGUUGGGGACUAUCGAGUCCAUUUUCAGUCACUGCCUCCCAGAAGAAUUAAAGCUGAUAACUGUAGUUAUAUAUCUAGCCGAUAACAGUUCUAAGCUAAACGAGCAAAGCCUCAAGAAAAUUGAGGCUCAGUUUAGUGUGCAUAUUAAUGCAGGAAGGCUGCUUGUUAUACAAAGCUCGCUAGCCAGUUACCCUCCUUUACACCCUCUGAAAAUGGAUGUCUUGGGCUGUGAAAAAGGCAAAUAUAAAACCAAACAGAAUGUAGACUAUGCUUAUUUAGUUAACUUUUGUGCCAAUCUCUCCCAGUAUUAUUUGAUGCUAGAGAAUGAUAUUGUCUGUGCCACUGGUUUUGUGUCCGUUAUACAAAGCUAUGUAAGAACGCUGAAGCAAUCCUGGACCACGAUAGCAUUUUCGAGACUGGGCUGUAUAGGAAAACUCUAUCAUAGUUCUGAUCUCACCAAACUGGGCCGGUUUCUCUUGAUGUUCUAUGAUGAGAUUCCUGGGGACUGGCUUCAGACAUUUUUUCAUAAAGCCAAAGCUCAAGAAGAAGCCAUUUUCUUUCAUCCUUCUCUCUUCCAGCACAUAGGGAAAGUUUCUUCAUUUCACAAUGUGGAAGGACAACGCAUACAUCCGGAGUUUGAAGAAGAUGCUGGAGAUUUUGGAGAUUUUCCUACUGCUUCAUGUUUCACAAACAUACCCAUUUAUGCUAAUUACAUACCAGCCAAUGUGUGUCCCCCAGGAAAGGGUGUCUUUUGGGGCAAGAAUGUGACAUCAAAGAGCUUCUUCACCAUUGUUUUUGCGCACCCAAUUGUUCCCCAGAAGAUUCAGAUUUACACAGGGUCAGCCGUAUAUAACACAGACAUUCUCUGUUAUGGUUAUGUAGAAAAGGGUAGUCUCAAAAUCCACAUACGUGGACAUCAAACAUGCCUAACGUUCAAACGGAUAGGGGAUUUUAAGAAUGGACUUUUUAAAAUGGAAGAUAAGAGCAAUAACGAUGACAUUGAAUGCCUUCGAAUACAAGCCACAGCUCCACAAAAGCACUGGCUGAGAAUAAGGAGAAUUAGUAUCUGGGUGAAGAAGAGUUAA